AAAACCAUAAGGAUGUAAUAAGAAUUCACUGAUUCAUGCAUCAAUGGAUUUUGAUCUGGAUCGUCUGAAAUUCUUAAGCUCUCCCUCCACGGAUACCGAGUUCCUCCCUGGAACAGUGUCCUUGGAGUCUCGGCGCUUCGGCUUCCCAUUGCUGGUUCGAUCGGUUCCAUUGAAAACCUGGCCCACCAAUCCUUUCAAUGAUUCAGGACUGACGUAAGAUUCGCCAGACAACAACUUUGAGUGUGCAUUCAAGAAUUCACUGUAAACAGGAACCACCAGUUUCACCGUUGCUUCUCGUAAUUGUUCCCUUAAAUCAGCGUCAGGAAUGCUAUAACCCCUUGCGUGUCUCUGCGAGAUUUCAUCAAAGCGAUUGAAAAAUGCUUCUAGUUUACCUCUCACAACUGCUGUUGCUUUGGUGCCAUUGUCUUGCUCCUCCGAGUCUUCCUUCUCUAACAAUCUUACUAACGGUCUCCAUGCUCGCCAUUGAUACAUGUAAGCAGACUCCUCUGCAGCACUCUUGUAUUUCUGUUUCAUGUAUUGCUCUCCGAUAAGCUUCCCAAGCUCUGUAUUCCUGCUCCUCAUGUAAAUGUACCAAUAGGUGUUCAUCACAAAUAUGUGGGGCAAGAUUUUGUCUUUGUAACUCGGACUCUUCGAUUCGAUGUUUCUCUGAAGAGCUUCCAUGAUGUUAGAUAUGGCAUCUUUGAGUAAGCUCUCAUCUGUUUCUGGCUUCGAUAAGAUACCGGCUUUCCACAUUUGUUCUGUUCGGAAAACUUUAGCCAUGGGUGCGCUGUAUGUCUCUGUGGUAAGGUACUUAAGGUAAUUGACUGCAUACCUCACAAGUUUCGGGACUGAACCAUCUUGUGGUGGUGCGAAAAAAUCGGAAGUGCCUUCAAUUUGUAGGCCAAACUCCCAAAACACUUUGCUUGAAGCAUGCACGAGUAGCUUUUCAAGUUCCCUGAAACGUAUGCAAAUAUCAGCUCCCGAUUCACCUUCGAAAAUCUCCGUAAAUUCAAGCUUCAGUUUUUCUAAGGAGUCAAACAUUUCCAAGAGCUUGAACAGCUUCUGAGGCUCUCUGUUGCUCCUUGCAACACCUUCUCCAAAGCGGAAAAAUACCGCCAUGAUUUUAUCAGCAAUCUUGACAAAACACUCUAGCCAAAUAAGCACUUCAGGAAGUCCUCCCAGAACUUGCUUGCAGAGUUUCUUUUCUGAUACAAAGACUGUUUUAACCGCGAGCUCAAAAUGCUGGAUCCAAAGAGAAAUUGAUGUCUCUAGACUCUGCCACUGCAUUUCAUCUAUUUCUUCAGGAGUGUAUGUUCUCAAGUAAUCAGGGUUUAGUCGCAUUAGUGCUUUAGCUGCUCUUCUGUAUCUCACCUGUUAAUCAACCAAAAGUGUAACAAAUUUAUAGGAUUUGAGAAGUAAAAAACAAAACCAUGUGUCUUCAAAUAUCAAAUUGAACUGUUUGUCUAGACUUCCAGUUCCUUAUUGUUAAAAAGUAUAAAUUGACCUAAUCAAGGUUCUUGAUACUAGCAACCUGUUUAAUAUAAUGUAUGGUAAUCCAGUCGCACUAGUGCUUGUACCUCUCUGUUAGAAGCAUUUUCAUUUAUAUUGACGCAACUCAGUAAGGCAUGUAUUAUUAAGAUAGUACUUAUCAUUGAUUCUAUAGCUUCUAAUCAAUUCACUCAAAAUCCGAAGGUCUAAUGCGACAUUUGGGUUGCUAUUUGUGUAUAAUACUACAUCCAUAUGUAUAUAUGUUUAUAUACAUAUAUAAUGCACAUAAAUCAAUCUAAAGGCCUCGAAAUAUGGCCAAUUGAGGAAACCUUGAAAGGAAGAUAUUUAGCUUACCUUAACGAAGAUAUCAAUACAUAUAUCCAAACAAUCACUGGCAGAAAGGGUUUCUGCAAUUCGCCUAAGGACUUGGACCUCCAUUUCAGUGCCAAGGUCAGAAACCAACGUCUGAUCAGCUUCUUCAUCCGCUUGUUGCUCCCCAAUGUUUUGGUGCUUCAUUUGCUGUAACAUAAUCUCAAAUUCGUCCUGCAGAUUUAGUAAGGCCUCAUCAAGCAACCCAUCAAAACUCAUAGCAUCAACCUCAGAUUCAUAUAGAGCCUUAAGUGUGAUCAAAGUCUCCUUCAAUCUUUGGGUUCGAUAUUGAUCCGUAGCUUUUGUUCUGCUCAAGAAUUCCACCACCUCUUGAAGCUUUUGAAUCACCGGCUCUCCAUCUCGACUUAUUAAGUUAAUAACUUCGUUAAGCUGAUCAACGCAUUGGACGUAUUUGAGCAGCUUUUUAAGCCUCUUCCUUGGGUUUUUCUCAAUAGAUAGUUUAUCGGAGAGUUCAAUAAGCUUCUUCUGAAAAGAUUCAGAGAGCUUGAAACUAUGAAGGAGCCCGAGAGCCGGGGAAACAGCUCUAUUAAUUCUGGUCUCGAGAGCCUUGGCAGCCAUAGCCAGGGACUGCAAAGGAGCUACUCUUUUAGCAGCUGUUGAGAGCUUUUCAUCUAUAGAAUCAAACUUCUUCUCCAUCUCUUCCAGGUCUUUUUCCAACUUAGCCGAUGAUAGUAACAAUGUUCUCAAAUCUGAACACGCCAGUUCUAGCUUGACAAGCGCUGAAUCCUCUUCGUUGGCUGCCAUUGAUCUUGUCGUUGACGAACUAGCAGGCUAGAAACAAUGCAGGGACAAAGAAGAGCAAAGAGAGCAAAUUGCAAGAUUGAAAAUUCUUGCAAGCUUUCCUAAACGCUAAUAAAACUAAUGACGAUAACAAAGUACUGGUGUUGGCAAAACAGGACGAGAAAAGGGUAAAUCACGAAGACUUCCAUCUCGAUACAUACCAAGAACAAAUGGCAUUCGCUUAUUCGAAACGGACAAAUGCCCAAGAGAAAAACUAAGCAUGUUCGGCCGGUGUGCUUGGAAUCAGUCUACAGUACAAAUUCCAAAUCAAUAGCACAUUUUUAUAAUCAAAACAUCAAAGCACGUUUUGGGUUGUUUCUUUUUAAUUGAAUCGCAUAAUGGGUUCAAGCCCAAUAAAUCAACAAACAGAGUAGUCCAACAACCCGAACCCAAAGCAGAAAGCGUGAAACUUCUGGUUGAUUCUCAUAGGCAUGUCAGCUGUUUAACGAAUUCAUUAACCUCUCGGAGUCUAUGAUCAAACAAAGGAUAGAAUCAAGGAAAUAAGAAGCAAAAAACAUGGCUGGUUUUGUGCAAAGGGUUGGUCAGAGUCUAGUUAGAGCUCAUCGUUCACCUCAAGUUACAUGGAAAAGAUGCUGCUCUUCGGAUGCUUUGAUGGAACUGGAGACAAAGCCUGGUGAGGUUGGCAUGGUCUCGGGAAUCCCCGAACAACAACUUAAACGAAGGGUUAUAAUUUACUCGCCUGCUCGAACUGCCUCACAGCAGGGCUCGGGGAAAGUUGGGAAAUGGAAGAUCAAUUUUCUCUCAACACACAAGUGGGAAAAUCCGUUAAUGGGUUGGACAUCAACAGGAGAUCCGUAUGCCAAUGUUGGUGAGGCUGGACUUGAAUUUGACAGUGAAGAAGCUGCAAAAGCAUUUGCUGAGAAAUAUGGCUGGGAAUACCAGGUCAAGAAGCGACAUACACCUCUUCUAAAGCCCAAGUCAUACGCAGACAAUUUCAAAUGGAAAGGGCCACCUACUGCUGAAGAGUGAAAGAUGUUAUUUUAACACUUCGAUUUAUCUGAGUAUAUGAUUUCCAGAGUUCAUGUUACAACAUCAUUAUUGUACUUCGCUUCUGGCUGAUAUAUUACGUAGAAAAUAGCAAAUGAGAGAAGCUACUGUUUACACGUAAUUACAACGACAUUUGUCGAUUUAUGAUAGAUACAUUUUUAUUAAA